ACUAUUUCUGAGUCUGGCUCCUCCCAGCGACUCCUUCCCUUUCAAUUCCUUUGAUAAAUAGCUUCCCCUCUAAUGGCUUUUGCUCUGGAAACUGCACCUCCUAACUCCUGCCAGAGACAGUUCUCCCCAGCAUGAGCGCUGUCCCGCUCCCCUCGGCCAGGACAGCAGGUCUUCCCCUUAGCUUCUUGUUUCUGCUUUCCUUCUGGGUAGACCGAGGUGUGGUAGCUAAGGAGCUGAAGUUUGUGACAUUGGUAUUUAGGCAUGGAGACCGAAGUCCCAUCGAAACCUUUCCUAAUGACCCCAUCAAAGAAUCCUCAUGGCCGCAAGGAUUUGGCCAACUCACUCAGCUGGGCAUGGAACAGCAUUAUGAACUUGGACGGUAUAUAAGGCAAAGAUAUAGAAAAUUUUUGAAUGAGUCCUACAAACGUGAACAGGUUUACAUUCAAAGCACCGACGUUGACCGGACUUUGAUGAGUGCUAUGACAAACCUUGCAGGCCUAUUUCCCCCAGAGGGUAUCAGCAUCUGGAAUCCCAGCCUACCAUGGCAGCCCAUCCCGGUGCACACAAUCUCUCUUUCUGAAGAUCGGUUGCUGUACCUGCCUUUCGGGGACUGCCCUCGGUUUAAAGAACUUAAGGAGGAGACUCUCAAAUCAGAGGAAUUCCAGAAGAGGCUGCAUCCUUAUAAGGAUUUUAUAGAAACCUUGCCAACAUUUACAGGAUACCAUACCCAGGACCUUUUUGGAAUGUGGACUAAAGUCUAUGACCCUUUAUUUUGUGAGAGUGUUCACAAUUUCACUUUACCCUCCUGGGCCACAGAGGACACCAUGACUAAGUUGAAAGAAUUAUCAGAAUUGUCCAUCCUGUCUGUCUAUGGAAUUCACAAGCAGAAAGAGAAAUCUAGACUGCAGGGGGGUGUCCUGGUUGGUGAAAUCCUCAAUCACCUGAAGAGUGCAACUCGGCCAUCAAACCACAGAAAACUUGUCAUGUAUUCUGCACAUGAUACUACCGUGGCUGGCUUGCAGAUGGCACUAGAUGUUUACAAUGGAAUCCUUCCUCCCUAUGCUUCCUGCCACAUAAUGGAAUUGUAUCUUGAGAAGGGGGAGUAUUUCAUAGAGAUGUACUAUCGGAAUGAGACGCAGCACGAACCAUAUCCCCUCACACUGCCAGGCUGCACUCCCAGCUGUCCUCUGACCAAGUUUGCUGAGCUGGUUGCCCCUGUGAUCCCCCAAGACUGGUCCACGGAGUGUAUGACCACAAGCAACGACCAAGUUCUAAGGGUCGUCCUUGCUGUUGCCUUUUGCCUGGUGUCUGGUGUCCUCGUGGUGUUGCUGCUUACCCUCAUCCGCCAUGGGCCCUGCUGGCACAGAGACCCCUAUCGGAAUAUCUGAACAGAUGGCUGAAUAAGGGCGGACACACCACACCAACCUCCUGGGAUGCAGCACCUCUCAGUGAUGCCUCAUGGAAAGGACUGGCUUUCACCAUGUGGACAUCACCCUACCCACACCCUUCCCUUUGAGCCUGGCUAGAGCAGGGUCUGAACUCAUAGUGACCCAGGGACUGAUGAAUGAACCCCAAGUUACUUGGUUAGGUCUCCUGAUGGUUAGGUCUCCUCAUCAUAGUGCAAGCUUCUCAUGCAGCUAGAAAGAAGUUCUUCUGCAAAGGAUAGUUGUAUUCUCUGGCAUGGAUGUCCAGAAAGAAAGAAAGAAAGAAGUUAAACUCCAACCAGCCUUUUGCCUUCAAAGAGCAAAUGGUUACAACGUGUGACAACAUAGAUUAAAGAAGACUGGAUAAUGACAAUAAUUACACUAGAAAUAGUAUCAUGUAGGAUGAUUCUUAAGAAAUAAGACCCAACCAGAAGGUGUAAAUAAAUCUUUUUUUUAGCUGUUAAGUAGGUUGAAUACAAACAUGUAUACACUCCUGAAAAGAAACUCCUACCCAGUGUUUGAUAGCUAACAGAUUUCUGUAUGUGUAUAUAUACUAACACAUACAAACACAUAGCUGUAUUGAAACUGCCUUAGAGAGAGGUAUUUAAUUCUCAGAAACUGUAAUAUCAACUAUUGUAAUUGUUUCUCAGGUCAUUUUCCCCACAAUUUCUAUAAUGGGGAAUAACUAGGAAGUCCAUGCAGUCAUGUUUCUUUUUUCUACCUCUACCAUGAGACUAUAUUUUUAUUUUAUUUUUUUUAAUAUAUGAAGUUUAUUGUCAAAUUGUUUCCAUACAACACCCAGUGCUCAUCCCAAAAGGUGACCUCCUCAAUACCCAUCACCCACCCUCCUCUCCCUCCCACCCCCCAUCAACCCUCAGUUUGUUCUCAGUUUUUAAGAGUCUCUUAUGCUUUGGCUCUCUUCCAUUCUAACCUCUUUUUUUUUUCCUUCCCCUCCCCAUGGGUUUCUGUUAAGUUUCUCAGGAUCCACAUAAGAGUGAAACCAUAUGGUAUCUGUCUUUCUCUGUAUGGUUUAUUUCACUUAGCAUCACACUCUCCAGUUCCAUCCGUGUUGCUACAAAGGGCCAUAUUUCAUUCUUUCUCAUUGCCACAUAGUACUCCAUUGUGUAUAUAAACCAUAAUUUGAGACUAUAUUUUUAUAGUUCCAAUUUCUUCAUUUCAUUUUAAAAGUAAGAGACUUACUUUCAUGAGAACUUUUCAUGGCCACUAUGAGAUAAUAGUAUAUUUAAUCACCACAAAUAGAUCUACAUUUCCCAAGCGGUGAAGUAGAAAGAAAAAUGGGAUGAAGGUUGAUGACCCUAUGCCACAGCUCUGCACUGGCUUUAAGCCAACAACUUGGAACAAGUUCUUUUAAGUCUUUUAAACCUUGGUUUAAUUAUCUAAAAAAGAAGAGUGGACUAGAUAAACAUGGAAGUCACAUCUAGUUCUCAUAUUCUGUGAACAAUUUAUUUUUCAUUUCAUUUCAUUCAUGGAUUGGUCAUUGUCCAAGAAAGCAUGUUCAUAAAUGGUACCAUUACAGUAAGCCUGAUAUGUAUUCUAAACAGUCUUAACCCAUCCUGAGCUUUUAACCAUCCAAUUGGUGGGAAAUUCAAUCUCAUUCAUUGGUAGAGUUCUUCACCUUCUCAGGUAUUACUAAAGGUCCUGGAAUGUUGUGGGAAGAGUUGGAUGAGGGUCCUUUAGACUGCUAUCUACACUGGUCUCCAAUAAACACACUGUCUAUUCCCACAUGGUCUCCUGAAGGUAGGCAGAGGACAUCUAUGCAUGGCUCCCAAGACCACACACUUGGACUGCACCAUCCUGGCAUUGUCUGGUCCCCUACCUGGGGUGAUACCUAUGAACCAGAAACCCUCCUAGAACCCCACCCCAUCUCUGAGUCUCAGGAAUCUUCUUCGCCCCUUGGAUUCGACAGCUUUCUCCUGUUAAACUUCAAGCACUUACCUCUAUCACGCUCACUUUCUAUGUAAUUUUCACUGAGCUAAGGCUAUGCAAAAAAAAAAAAAUCUUGAGAAGGAGUUGUGUUCUCUUGCCUGGCAACUGCUGCUUUCUCCAGUAACACAAAAGGCAUGUAGGAAAAUAAGUGAAAGAUCUGGCUUCAUCCUCAACUCGGGAAGAGGUAAAACAUCUAUAGCAGGAAAAACAAAUGACAAAUUACUGUCUCUAUAAAGUAGCCAGUCAUAUUAGUAAUGGGACAUAAUAUCUUAUGCUAAUAAGUUAUGAGACUUUAAAAUAGAAGUAGAAAACAGAACCACAAGCCAAGGAUCUUCUCACGUAUUUAACAUUGUUAGAGGACCUACUGUUAGCUAAUCGCUGGCCUACAUGCUAAAUUGUCCAUCCCUAAUGUGAUUAGUAAGGUGUUUGACCCCAACAACAGCCUUAUACAGGGCUGGUAGAAUGUGAAAGUAAAAACCUUCACAAGCUUUCCCUAAUAUCAUCUUCUAACAGUGUCAAUGUUUAAUACUUUCUAUUGUUUCAGCAGGGGGAGGUUAAUCUCUCCCAUUUCUCUUCCUUCUCCUAUCUCUUGAUGAUUGCAAAGAAAGCUGUCAUUCCCAACUGAGUUGUUUCUUUUCCCUUCCACAGAGCUACUCUGUUGACAAACACUGUAAUUGCUUUUCAUAGUUCAAGGCAGAGUGAAAAAUCACAAGUGACAAAUGAUCUAUGGCGAUAAAGCAGAGAGCACAGAUGCGCUCUCACAUUCCCCAGGAAAAAAGCUAAUCAUCCAACUUCAACAGAAAAAUACAAAUUCUCUCUACUGAUAAAAGUGACUUUUUCAGAUGAGUCAGAGAAGCUCAGCUGACAUGAGGAGAAACAUUGCUUGCAAGAUAAUUGCUAGGACUGAGAUAACUUCUGCUCUGCAGUGUAUUCCCCACAUCUGAGCCGCUAUAGACACCUUCGAACAGGAUUAGAAUAAAGUAGUAAUUACCACAUGGAUGUAGGGAAAUAGCCUACCAUAAAAAAUAUGAUCAAUAUACAUGUAGAAAAGUUCUAUAAAAGUCAAGGUAGAGUAUUCCCUUGACUAGUCUAGCUAGUAUUCCUAGCUAGAAUGACAUUGUGUAAGGAAAGUAUUAAGAAAAUAUGAUUAUAAAAAGAAGAAUUUAUGAUAUUAGAAGAGUAUAAGACAGAGGCAAACAUUUUACUGGACGUCAUUCAACCAAGAAAUCUUUUUAUAUGACAACUGGCAUUUCUUCUCCCUGAAUUCAGUCAUGGUCUCUAUUUUCCCAACUUCCUAUUCUCUUUCUGUCUCUUUCUUUCUGUCUUGUUCUAAUAUCGCUAGCAUUGAUUGUGUCUUCAUAGCCAGAGGAGUUUCUUGGUAAGUGAAAGCCAAAAUGUUAGUUUUCUCCUUCAAAACUCUCUUUAUAGAAACCCCACUGGAGCAGCAAUGAAUGUGUGCUACGUUUUGGUGCUUUGGACCAGGGCUCUCCAAUAGAAACAUAAUGCAAGCCACGAAUAAGUCCCACACAUGGGAUUUAAAAUUUUCUAAGAGCCACUUUAUAAAAAAGUAAAAAUAGACAUAAAAUUAAUUCUAAUAAAAUUUAUGUCACCCAGUGCACUGAAAAAAUCAUUUCAACACAUUAUUAAUUUUUAUCGAGAUAUUUUUCAGGUUUUUUAAAUAGUAUUUGAAAUCUGAUGUGUAUUUUACCCUUCUAGCACAUCUCCAUCUGGACUAGGUACAUGUCAAGUUUCAGAAGCUAUAAGUGGCUGGUGGCUAUCAUAUGGGACAGUUAUACUUUCUACCAAUGACAAACUUUUUGAAGCAGAAAGAAUGUUUUGUGUGUGUGUGUUUUAAUUUGCAAGAUUCACUUUCAGGUUACGGUGAAGAAAUGAAAGUCAUCUUUUUUAUGUGCCUACAUCUUACUAUUUGUGUGUGUGUGCUGAAUUGAUCAAGGUUUUCUCUGAAAUAUUUUAUUUGUAGACCUGUCUUCACAGCAACACCCCAAAAUUUUCCAACACUAUCCUAUACUAAAUGAACUAUUUCUUCUUAUAAAAUGUCUGAAGAAGGAAUCUGACAACACCCUUUAAAACUACUGCAAGAUUGGGGAAAGGAUACCUUUUUAAAUUUUUAUUAAAUUUUUUAUUACAAGUAAUUGUUUUUAAAAC